GUUGGACCUAGAGAAAGGCCUGGAGAUGAGGAAGUGGGUUCUGUCUGGGAUCCUAGCCAGCGAGGAGACCUACCUCAGCCACCUGGAGGCACUGCUACUGCCUAUGAAGCCUCUGAAGGCAGCAGCCACCACGUCCCAGCCGGUGCUGACCAUCCCCCAGAUCGAGACCAUCUUCUUCAAAGUGCCGGAGCUUUACGAGGUCCACAAGGAGUUCUACGACAGCCUGCUUCCCCGGGUGCAGCAGUGGAGCCACCACCAGCGCGUGGGGGACCUCUUCCAGAAACAGGCCAGCCAGCUGGGAGUUUACCGGGCCUUUGUGGACAACUACGAGGUUGCUGUGGAGACGGCUGAGAAGUGCUGUCAGGCCAACACGCAGUUUGCUGAAAUCUCUGAGAACCUCAAGGUGAGGAGCACCAAGGACUUGAAGGAUCAGUCAGCCAAGAACUCUCUGGAGACUCUCCUGUACAAACCAGUGGACAGAGUUACUCGUAGCACCCUGGUACUGCAUGACCUGCUGAAGCACACGCCCUCCAGCCACCCAGACCACCCCCUGCUACAGGACGCGCUCCGCAUCUCCCAGAACUUCCUGUCCAGCAUCAACGAGGAGACCACGCCCAGACGCCAGUCCAUGACUGUCAAGAAGGGAGAGAACCGCCAGCUGCUGAAGGACAGCUUCAUGGUGGAGCUGGUGGAGGGAGCCAGGAAGCUCCGCCAUGUUUUCCUCUUCACCGACCUGCUGCUCUGCGCCAAGCUCAAGAAACAGAUCGGAGGGAAGAGUCAGCAGUAUGAUUCCAAGUGGUACAUCCCUCUGUCAGACCUAACCUUCCAGAACGCAGAUGAGUCUGAGCCUCUGCCCAUCCCCCAGGUGCCUGACGAGGAGCUGGACGCCAUGAAGGUCAAAAUCUCCCACAUCAAGAGUGAGAUCCAGAGAGAGAAGCGAGCCAACAAAGGGUCGAAGGUGAUUGACAGGUUGAGGAAGAAGCUGUCGGAGCAGGAGUCUCUUCUGCUGCUCACCUCCCCCAGUAUGGCCCUCAGAGUACACAACAGGAACGGCAAGGGUUACAUGUUUCUGAUGUCAUCAGACUACGAGCGUGCUGAGUGGAAGGAGACGAUCCGGGAACAACAGAAGAAAUGCUUCAAGAGCUUCUCCCUGACCUCCAUGGAGCUACAGAUGUUGACCAACUCAUGUGUGAAGCUGCAGACUGUCCACCACAUCCCACUCACCAUCAACAAAGAAGGCCAAGAGGAUGAAUCCCCUGGCCUCCAUGGAUUCCUGAAUGUAAUCGUCCACUCUGCCUCGGGCCUCAAACAGAGCUUGAAUCUGUACUGCACGUUAGAGGUGGACUCCUUUGGCUACUUUGCGAACAAAGCCAAGACGCGGGUGUAUCGCUAUACCACAGAGCCCAAAUGGAACGAGGAGUUUGAGAUAGACCUGGAGGGCUCUCAGACCCUGAGGCUGCUGUGUUAUGAGAAGAGCUACAACAAGACCAAGCAGAUCAAAGAGGAUGGAGACAGCACCGACCGCAUCAUCGGCAAAGGACAGAUCCCGCUUGAUCCCCAGACGCUCCAAGCCAAAGACUGGCAGAGAACGGUCAUCCCCAUGACCGGGAUGGAGGUAAAUCUUUCUAUGAAGUUUACCAGCCGAGAGUUCAGUCUGAAGAGGAUGCCGUCACGGAAACCCAUGGGCGUGUUCGGAAUCAAGAUUUCCACAGUGACCAAACGGGAGCACUCCAAGGUGCCCUAUAUCGUCAGACAGUGUCUGGAGGAGAUUGAGCGGAGGGGGAUGGAGGAGGUGGGCAUCUACCGGGUCUCAGGGGUAGCUACAGACAUCCAGGUCCUGAAGGCUGCCUUCGACACCAACAACAAAGACGUGUCUGUGAUGAUGAGUGAGAUGGAUGUGAACGCCAUCGCCGGGACUCUGAAGCUGUACUUCAGAGAGCUGCCAGAACCCCUCUUCACUGACGACCUGUACCCCAACUUCGCAGGAGGCAUUGCCCUGUCUGACAGCGUUGCCAAAGAGAGCUGCAUGCUGAAUCUACUGCUGUCACUGCCAGAACCCAACCUGGUCACAUUUCUCUUCCUGCUGGAUCACUUGAAGAGGGUGGCUGACAAGGAGAGCAUCAACAAGAUGUCCCUCCACAACCUGGCCACAGUGUUUGGCCCCACCCUGCUGCGGCCUGCAGAGAAGGACAGCAAGAUCCCCACCAACCCCACGCAGCCGAUCAGCAUGGGAGACAGCUGGUCCCUGGAGGUCAUGUCACAAGUCCAGGUGUUGCUGUACUUCCUCCAGCUGGAGACCAUCCCCACGCCGGACAGUAAGCGUCAGAGCAUCCUCUUCUCCACCGAAGUGUAGAGUGUUCCACAGGUUCCCAUCAUGAAGACAAUGGGGGAGAGAGGGUGAGAUGGAGACGUCGACUCAAACUGAGUCUACAGUACAGUAUGUCCGUUUGGGAAGGCUACUGAGAGUGAGAAUGGCCUUUGCUGGACUGUAGCAGGAGAUGUAUUCUGCACUGAUUCUGGACAUACCUUGCAGAGGGCGCCACCACCCCUCUGAGAACAAGAGGGUGGACACCAAUCCUCUGUUGUAUCACACAUAUCUGAUGACGAUAACGCAUUAAUACAUCACACCCAAUAGCCAGUGUGACUCUUUGUGCCUCUCUGACGCAACAUAUCCUCCUCUCCUCGCUCUGUCUCUUCGCUCUCAUGUCGAAGCUCCACAGCUUGUGUACGGUGUACGGAAUGAAUGCCACUACUGAACAUGCCUGCUGCAACCAUAAAUGAAACACUUCAAUUUGAGUCUGAUCAGCAUGUAGGGGAAAAGAGUGUCCAAGGUUGUUUUUUGUUUUUUUGGUGCUAUUGGCUCCUGCUUUGUAGGCAGAAAAACAGGCAGAGCCUGCACAGCGUUGUGUUUAGCCUUUUCAAAUGUUGAGUUAUUUCUUAAUCCACUGCUGAAGAGAUUCAAACCGUAUGUUUUACACAUGAUACAUCAGGACCACAAUGCUACGAGAGUUAUGUUGAAAAGGAACAUCUGGGUUUCUCUGAAGACUUUUAAACAGGAACAUCCAGAGCUGUCAGGAUCACCAGUCUAUUUGUGUGUCCCAGGAAUCCACCACUCACAACAUCAAAAAAGUGUUUACAAGGUAAACAAGCCUUGGACAAAGGCAGAGACAGGGAGACUGCAACAAAGGCAUUUGUGAAAUAGGAACAGUUGACAGAAACAGAUUAUCUAUCAAUUAUAAUAAGACUGCCUACAGUUUGGACCAUAAAGCAAUUCCCCCUUUUUGUGUUCGUUGUGUUUCAAGUAGUCCUCAGCUUAAAUCCCCAGGAAGCAAUAGAUGUUCUAACAUAGGAGUUUGUCUGCAUUCAUAUCCUUAGUCCGGAGAUGUCCUCAUGGUAACAUCGGAGAUCUUGCCAAAAUGAUCUGUUGUUUGGGAUAAAAUAAAACUAUUGUAUUUACAGAUACAGUACAGUAUGUACAUAAUCAUAAUGCUAUAAUUGUUUUAUUUUACUUAUUUUAACAGUGUAAUAAUCAUUGUUAUGAUUAUAAUUUAUGAAGAAGAAAAACUGGGGGGGGGGGGGGUAGAAGUCUACAUGUUUUUUUCUAUGUGUUUGUUUUGAUUUGAUGAAGGUGGUAUAGGUUACAGACUUGAGUCCUGGAGGUCUGAGGUGAUGGGAGAUCAUAUGCUGCCUAUGUAACCAGGAUGUAGCCUUGUUGUGGGAAUAACUGCAGUUUUGUCCAGCCUAAUGUUAGCCAUUUAUCCAUCAUGAAGGUAAGACUCCAUGUUUGAAUGCCAAUGUCACAACCCCUCUUCAUCUGUUUGAGUGUUCCAGUCCCCAACCACCCACCCUGAAAUAUUGAUGUGUUACUGAAGUAGGAUACAAAACAGUACAUUUAGUUGUAUACAGAACAACAAUAACAUGUUUCCUCUCUACAAUUUACAAUAAUAACAUGUUCCCUUUCUACAACUUACAACAAUAACAUGUUUCCUCUCUACAGCUGUGUUGGUGGAGACAGUUAUUCUCAUGAAAAUGAAAAGAAUUAACCUGUUUCAAACAAGUUGCGCUAAAUUGUGGGCGCUCUACAUCUUAUCCAAAGUGGACCAUUCUGUUGAUGUUAUGAAGGAAUACUUGUUUAUCUUCUUUUCAAUGAAAGUGACCCAUCCUUUUCUCACCCAUAUUUAUGAGGGUGGCUGGACAGCUGUCAUUAACUGUCCUCUACACCCUUCCUUAAGCUCUUCUCCCUCCUGGUCUGCCUGAUAGUAACCCACCAAAGGGCCAUGGAAAAGAAAAUGCUCUUAGAAUAUUUUGUUUGGAAGGAAAGAAGAGAAGAUUAUAUUAGAAUGGUUUUCAUUUCAGUACCUGCAGGCAUGCAGGCAUGUUUGAUUAAAGUUAUUUUCUUCUGUGUGUUGUCAUAAACAUAUUGUUAUAUUGGGCAGCAGGAUGUUAUCGACCAACAAGUGUUUUGGUUUUGAUAACCAAGCUUAAAAUAUGUUAUGAUAUUUCAUUCUGGCUGGAUAAUUGUUAACAAGUAAUGUGUUUACUAACUCAGUCUGUACUACUGUCUGCACUACUGAGAUUUCAUGAAGAACUCCGACAUUUUGAAGUUAGCAGAGACAUUUCCGACAGUUUUGACUGUCAGUAGCUAGUGUAAAAUCUGGCAUCUGAGUGUGUGGUUGUACAUGCAACAUUCAUGCGCACACAUGCGUGAGUGAGUGAAUGAAAUAAUGGGACGAUUUGCUGUAAAAAACGUAGAAUUAAGACAUAACAAUUAAAAUCCUGACUUAUCCAUAUGCUAACAUAUCAAUUAAAUCAGCUCCAGUUAAUAGCCAUAGUCAUAAUUUUAGUAACACAUUUUGUCCUAAUAUAUCCUCACAUGUCCCAUACACAUAACUACAUUGGAGGAAGCCAUUGAUUAUGAGCGAGAAAGGCAGUGCAUUCACCAUUCAUUUGGAUCUCUUUGAUUUAUAUAAUUAGUGCUCAAUGUGACAUGCUCUGCUCCAUUGUGCCUCCGCGUUAUAGCUUUUAUUCAGAACGUAUGCCGUGGAUUUCAAUGUGUCAGUGGAAUUGCUGUAAGGGGACUUACUGGGGUGCUGUAGUCUCCCUCGCCUUUUGAGAAAACAGAUCUGUCCUUAAGGCACCUAUUUUGAGACCAAUACAUGAACGUAGAGUUUGGUAUCGCACUUCAUGGUACUAUUAGCCCGUGUGGGAGAUCUCAUCUGAAUAUUAUGAUACCAAGCUAAGCCCAAUUCAUUUUUGCAAUCAUACGAGACAGACACAGAAAUGCUUGGUCAAUAACCCUCACUCUGCCUUAGCUCUCUCAACAUUAGCAAAAUAACUAAUUUUCAGCUUUUCUGUUCCAGUUCUGUGUAAAAUGAAGUCUACUGUAUUUACGGAGAUGAAUACCCUCAUCUGAAGGAAAAUAUAUUAGUAGUAGCAAAGUGGCAAAGUGGUAUCUAUACUUAUACUAUAAAAUUCACUGUCAUGUUAUCUGACUCAUAUAUAGAUAAUAUCUCUCAAGGCUCUAUGCUAUGCUGUGUAUCGUUCAUUUGCAAGAUGUCCUUUGUUUUUUCAAAUAACUGCCAAACAGUUUGUAACCAUCUGUUGUCCUAACUGUAACUACUGUAUGUAUCAACAUGUCACUAAUCCAAAACAUGAUCUCAUUUGGAGGGGCUUGCACUUUCAGUUCCUUUUGGUUUUACUCCAGACUGCCCACUGUGAUGCUUUAGGACAUUUUCUGUGGUUUUGAAAAUAUUUGCAAGGAAAGAUGAAGGUUAUUUGAGUUUAUAUAGGUUAGUCAUCUCUCUAACCUUGUUUUAUGGUUGUACAAUAUGUAUUGUAUGUAUCAUACUAGAGACAUUGGGUUCUUAGGUUUAUUUAUUGUGAUGUUCAUCAAAGUUUGGGCAAUACAUUUAGGAUUAAUCAUAUUAAUAAAACAGUUGAGUAAUUAGGCUUCAACUGAAAGAGAACUUGGUUAUUGAUUGUCAGUGUGAUUCUUCAUAGGGCUAGUCACUUACCCUGCCUCUUUCAUAAAAAAGUAAUAUAUGUCAACAUAAGAUUAUUCUAAAUAUGUGUACUAUGUUUUAAAGUCUAAAAAUAUGGAAUAUAUUACUCUAUGUACGACUUUAGCAUUUCAGUGUAUGCAUACUGUAUGAUGAAUGAAUAUUCAUUCUUUCAGUCCUUGUAAGUUGACAUGAGCCUGGCAAUAGGUUAUUAUAAUUCACUCCCUUAAUAAAUGUAUUUUAAAUGACCUGAAACCAUAUUUUGACAUCUUGGGAAUAUGUGUGUUUUAUUCCACAUUUUCUAGUUAAUUGUGUGAAGCUAAAAUGAUGGUACUUGCUGGUCAUCCACAAAAAAAUACAUUUGACCUUUUUUCUGUUUUUCAAUUUAGAUUUAUUUCCUUCUGGUCAACAUACAUGUUAUGUCAUGACAUGACAGUCUGUAAAAAGGGAUACUGUAGUUUGAGGAAAAUACAUGUUUGGAAGGCAUUUGCAGCCUCUGUUUGUACACAAAAUGUUAAAUAAAAUCGCUAUCUGUGUAAAAAUA